UUAAAAAAUUAACAAGAGAAUUGCGGCUAAGGUAAAUGUGUUAUUUCAUUAUAGUGCACUUGAAAACGUGAACAAAAUGACAGAAAUGCUUUUAAUUACUUGAUUUAUACAGUUAAAUUGACGUCGACGUCCUUCACAAGCUAAAGAAAAGGUGCUUUAACAUUCAUGAAAAACUCCUUAAAUCCACUCACAUUAUUCCUUCUUAAAUUACAUAAUAGGGCAACCAAAUUUCAGUUCUUGCAUUAAUCAAAGCCCAAACAAAUUACAGCUCUCAAAGCAAUUUUAAUGUCCAGCCAUAACUUUUGCAAUUGUUUACCAUUCAGUAGAUUUGGAAGGCUGCCAUUUUCAAAGCACUCAUACGUUACAUCAUUUUUUACUAUUGUUUCGCCGCUUCAACAACACUUGAAGAUGACAGACUGUUCAUACAAACAGUCUCGAGAAAAUAUUCAUUGUGUGUUUUAUUUUUUAGGGUUUUUUUUUUUUCAAGUUUCAUGCGAACAAAAGAUUGAAAACAUCUGUGAAGCUUAGCCGUGUCAUGGCCACUGCAAAGAUUCGUUAUGCGUUGAUGUGAUUAUUAUGUUACAUCGCCUUAACAGAUAACGACAGAAAUCAGUUACAACAGCAAGCCGACAGUCACGCGUAGAAUGUCUAUGGAAAAAUCUGUGCUUCGAACAGCGCUGACCUUUGGAGUUACUCGUCGCUUUUUGGUACCCAAGUGUUUCAUUUUGUAUUCUGCCUGUGUUCAAGUGUACACUUCAGCCACCGGUGCAGCGCCAAAUCAAGGUUCUCCGGCUUUUUUGCGAGCGUCUGUAAGCCCCUCUCCAUCUGUAAAAUCCAUUGCGAGAACUACGAGACUUGUUGUGGAAACAACGGCAUUGAAGAUGUUUAAUUCAACAAAUAUGAGUUUAAUGAACAUGCCGAAACCUUCCAGUGAAGUUCUAGUCUCAAGCAGACAGACAACAGUGGUUAUUGAAUCUUCCAUUAGGACUAGUACAAACUUUAGAGGCAAUGGCGAGCCAACAAACAGAGUACGCGUUGAACAUGCUGAUGAGGACAAGAGCGUCGUAUUCUACAGAAAGAUUGGCGGUUGGAUAACCCUGGGCAUUGUAUCUACCACCCUUUUGUUUCUCAUAAUCACUCAUUUUAGCUCUAUAUAUCACGUCAAUCAGAGAGGACGGAUACCGGAUCCAUACUGUUCCGUGUCUCAAAAAUCACAGGAUAUUUGAAUGGUUGGGCUCAUCGUCGACGUGCAAAUCGGCUGCAGGCGGCAAGCGUAUGGGACUGGUGCUAAUAUCUCACAAACACAGAACUUUUGUAAGAAUCCAGUCGAAACAAUUCUUGAAGUGGUGGACAUGUCGAGUUAUUCGCUAGGAUGUAGAAUGAUCACUUUCGACGAAGAAUUGAGUCAAGAAGUAUAUUAGACAUUUGCGUUUGGGGAGUGUAUUACUUACGAUCGAAAAGUUACACCUCUGUUGAAAAAUAGGAACUUUUAGAGUUAGGGUUCUAUUUUAUUUCAUUUAUUUAUUCAUUUGCAAAAUUUAAACAGACUGGCUCAAUUCAGCUUCAGAGCUGGUUUCAAUAAGGGCCUGUAUAAAACAACAAGGCCAGACCACAACACCGGGAGCUAUGUUCCACACGCUUUGCGAGAAGUGCAAGGGAUCCUUAACGUACCCUGCUAACCAGUACAGAGAAUAUGCAAGCGUCGGGGCCCAUGUUAUAUCGUCCUUAUCUGAGAAGACUAGAAUUUCUAACCAUUUUCGAGGCUAAAACCCUCGACUUCCUGCAUUGUAGUCAGGUGUUCUACAACACGAGCUAACGAAACCACUGAAAUUAAAAUAAAGAUAAUCUGAUAUACUGAGAGAUCAGUAGGAAAAAAAGCAUGCUGAGCAUGGAGCGACCUAGCUUCUUUUGUUUUAUCUUUUUAUUUAUUCAUUUUAUCUCAAUGAUUUUUUUUUUAUUUCAGAAAUGCGCAAAGUUCAAUAAGAGAGGUUGCAGGAUGCAUUCUGACUUAUCAGGGUGUCUGAGCUAUGUGCGCUUAUGAAUUAAAACUAGCUCUCUUGAUCUAGCCGUACCGCUCACAAUCAACGAAGGAGGAUUUGGAGCCUUCAACCUAUUAGUACAAUGUCUAAUGCAAAUUCACAACUGAGAUUUUGGAAGCUUGCACGUCAUGUUUCUAAAAGGAGCCGCAAGCGAAUCCAACGUUAUACAUCAUUAGAAUAGAAGCGUCUUCAUUACUAACUCUGCUCUGAGUAAUUAUUUGGUUUUAUCUUUUAUUUUUUUUUUUUCUACCAAGAUCAACCCAUUUUGUCAAUAGAAUUAAUUGUCACUCGUAGGUACACAAUUUUCUGACUUUAAUGACUUGAUUAUGUAACAUGUUCUGAGAUGUAUACGAAAAGAAAUCGCCGGUUUCCUCGCUGGAUAGGCUCGAAUUUAAGGAAGCAGUCGCAUUGAUUGUAAUUGUCAAUAUUGUCUGUUAUUACGAACACCUAUUGAAUUGGAUAAAUACAGUUUGAGAAAGAUCUGGCACAUGA